AUGGGGUGGUGGUGCCACCGCACUUCACCGGACCAACAGGUGCUGGAGGGCAACACACCCAACGUGGAUGUCACGGCACCAGGAGCAAUUCUCGCCCUUGCCAUGAUGUACCUUCAGUCCAACAACGAGGCGGUGGCGGCGCGCCUGGCCCCGCCAGCAACGCACUUCGCCCUCGAGUUUGUGCGCCCCGACUUCAUCCUCCUGCGCGUCCUCGCGUGCUCCCUCAUCCUCUGGGACAGCGUGCAGCCAUCGGAGGAGUGGGUGGCAGCACAGGUGCCGCGCAUCAUCCGCACUGCCGCUGCUGCCACUGGGGGAGGGGAAGAAGAGAGGGGUGCGGGGGAAAAUGAGGGGGAGGGGGGCGUGGGGAAAGGGGCGAGGGAGGGCGGAGGGGAGGGGGAGGCGGAUGUGGAUGAGGAGGCGAUGGCUUUGGCGCUGUGCAAUGUGCUGGCAGGAUGCUGCCUCUCCAUCGGUGAGUCGCACCAUGCCACGUGCUGCCUCUCCAUCGGUGAGUCGCACCAUGCCACGUGCUGCCUCUCCAUUGGUGAGUCGCACCAUGCCACGUGCUGCCUCUCCAUCGGUGAGUCGCACCAUGCCACGUGCUGCCUCUCCAUCGGGCUGCGCUAUGCAGGUUCAGCCAAUGGUGAAGCAGAGAAGCUUCUCCGAAGCUACGCGCUGCUGUUCUUCUUCCUCCGAGAGCGCUUGGGAUAUGGGCUGUGGAGGGAGGAGGGCGAUGGUAGAGGAGGUGGUGCCAAGAAGGGCAUUUUCCAUAUGUGUGCUUCCAAGAAUCAUGCCCAUGUGUGGUGCAUUCACUCUCUGCUCUUUUCUUCCCUCCCCUUCCUAUCUCCCUCACCCCAUCCCCCUCAUCCCACCCCCCUCACUCGCCCCAUCCCCCUCCCUCGCCCCAUCUUCCUCUCCCCAUCCCGCCCUCACUGCAGCGCCGUCCCCUCACGGCCGUGGCCUGCCCGUUCGCCGUGCCGCUGCUGCACUGGCGGGCGCUGCUGGACGCGUGCACCCUUGACACCGCUGUCAACGCUGCCGUGCUCUCCCUCUCCCUUGUAUGCUCUGCUGCUGCCCCUCCUACACUCUGCUCUCCCUCCUACACUUUGCUCUCCCUUCUACGUUCUGCUCUGCUCUCCCCAACCCACUCCCCUUUCUCGCUACACAAUCGUGCCCCUUUCCUUUCUCCCUGUUCCAUACCCACGUUCUGAUACUUCCUCUCUUCUUUCCUGCCCCAACACCGCUGUCAGCGCUGCCGUGCUCUCCCUCUCCCUUGUACGCUCUACUGCCUCUCCUUCGCUUUGCCCUCCUUCGUUCAUUCUGCUCUCCCUCGCCCUCCUACACUUUGCUGUUCUCCCCAACCCACCCUUCCUUUUUCAACACUCUCUUGCUCCUGCCAUUUAUCCAUGUUUUCUUCUUCCAUUCUUUUCUUCCUUCUCUGUUCGUAACCACUUCCCUCACCUCCCACUCAACUCCUCCCCCUUUCUCCCCAUCUCAUCCUGCCAGGUCAUGGCAGGAACGGGCCAUCUGCCGUCGCUGCGUCUGCUGCGUUUUUUCCACCGUCGCACCGCUGCUGCUGCCGAUGCCGCUGCUGUCAACGCCGCUACCACCUAUGGCUCACACAUGGCGGUGAGCAUGGCAAUCGGUUUCCUGGGCCUGAGUGCCUGCCAGGCCACCUUCUCCACGUCGCCCCCUGCUGUGGCGGCGCUGCUGCUCGCGCUCUUCCCGCACUUCCCCUCCUCGCCCGCCGACCACCGCUGCCACCUGCAGGCGUUGCGGCAUUUCUGGGUGCUGGCGGUGGAGGAGAGGGCGUUCGUGGAGGCUGUGGAUGUGGACACGUGGCAGCCUGUCAUUGCUCCACUGCACCUCACCCUCAAGCCCUCUGACUCGUCCACUCCAACCGCGCUGUCGCUGCACACGCCGUGCCUGCUGCCGCCGCUGCCUCAGGUGCUCUCUCAUUCGCCUCAGGUGCUCUCUCAUUCGCCUCAGGUGCUCUCUCAUUCGCCUCAAAUGAUCUUUCCACUGGGUUCAGGUGCUGCUCUUGCUGCAGGUGUUGAAGAAAGGCAGCUCUGGGAAGCAAGCACACAUGGGAUGUACACAUGCCCUCCAACUAACUCACUAUGCCACGCUGCCAUGCCUCUUCUGCUGCCUGCUGUCACCCCAUCCUUCCCUCUUCUGCUGCCUGCUGUCACCCCAUCCUUCCCUCUUCUGCUGCCUGCUGUCACCCCAUCCUUCCCUCUCCCUGCCGCCCCCACCUACCGCCUCACUUUCUGCCUCCCUCUCUUUCCUCCCCAUCCUUCCCUCCCCGUUCCCCCACUCCCAUCAGCUGAGGGAGCUGCGGCUGUGUGGCGGCAACUUCUGGCCGCUGCGAGUGGCAGCGAGGAUAGCAGGCAGUAUGGGGGCAUGCAUGUGCAUGCAUGGGGCAUGUAUGUGGCAUGCAUGUGGGUGGCUUGCGUGGUUGCAUGGGAAAUGCCAUGUGGCAUGGUGCGAGUGGUUGCAUGGGAAAUGCCAUGUGGCAUGGUGCGAGUGGUUGCAUGGGAAAUGCCAUGUGGCAUGGUGCGAGUGGUUGCAUGGGAAAUGCCAUGUGGCAUGGUGCGAGUGGUUGCAUGGGAAAUGCCAUGUGGCAUGGUGCGAGUGGUUGCAUGGGAAAUGCCAUGUGGCAUGGUGCGAGUGGUUGCAUGGGAAAUGCCAUGUCGCAUGGUGCGAGUGGUUGCAUGGGAAAUGCCAUGUGGCAUGGUGCGAGUGGUUGCAUGGGAAAUGCCAUGUGGCAUGGUGCGAGUGGUUGCAUGGGAAAUGCCAUGUGGCAUGGUGCGAGUGGUUGCAUGGGAAAUGCCAUGUGGCAUGGUGCGAGUGGUUGCAUGGGAAAUGCCAUGUGGCAUGGUGCGAGUGGUUGCAUGGGAAAUGCCAUGUCGCAUGGUGCGAGUGGUUGCAUGGGAAAUGCCAUGUGGCAUGGUGCGAGUGGUUGCAUGGGAAAUGCCAUGUGGCAUGGUGCGAGUGGUUGCAUGGGAAAUGCCAUGUGGCAUGGUGCGAGUGGUUGCAUGGGAAAUGCCAUGUGGCAUGGUGCGAGUGGUUGCAUGGGAAAUGCCAUGUGGCAUGGUGCGAGUGGUUGCAUGGGAAAUGCCAUGUGGCAUGGUGCGAGUGGUUGCAUGGGAAAUGCCAUGUGGCAUGGUGCGAGUGGUUGCAUGGGAAAUGCCAUGUGGCAUGGUGCAAGUGGUUGCAUGGGAAAUGCCAUGUGGCAUGGUGCGAGUGGUUGCAUGGGAAAUGCCAUGUGGCAUGGUGCGAGUGGUUGCAUGGGAAAUGCCAUGUGGCAUGGUGCGAGUGGUUGCAUGGGAAAUGCCAUGUGGCAUGUGUUUUUCCUUUGCCUUUGCUCCUUCCUCUCUUUUUCCAAUUCUCCUUGCGCUCCUGUCGUCCUCACUUCUGCCCAACUCUUCCCACCCGUCCCUGCGAGCCAUGAGGGGGAGGCGGCGAGGGGGGCAUGGUGCAGUCGCUGCAGGGGGGGGUGGGGGGCGGAAGGCGGUGGGGAGCGCAAUGGGAGCGGGUGUAGGUGGGGAGGGCAGUGGGGGCCGGCACCUGGUGCUGCUGGUGAAGGGGCGGGGGGCACAGGCUGGCAGCGGUGGGGGUGCUGCAGCAGUGGGCAGGACAGGAGACCCCAGGUCCCGCAUGGGGGAGGUGAGCGAUCAUGUGCGCUUGCAUGCUCCCUGCCCCGCUCACUGCCCCUUCCCCGCUUUCCCCUUCAUUACAGCACUUGAGACUUGCAAUCUUCACUCCCACAACACAGCCUUGGCCUCUUGCAUCCAGCUAGUGCUGUCUUGCAUCCAGCUAGUGCUGUCUUGCAUCCAGCUAGAGCUGUCUUGCAUCCAGCUAGAGCUGUCUUGCAUCCAGCUAGAGCUGUCUUGCAUCCAGCUAGAGCUGUCUUGCAUCCAGCUAGAGCUGUCUUGCAUCCAGCUAGUGCUGUCUUGCACCCAGCUAGUGCUGUCUUGCAUCCAGCUAGAGCUGGCUUGCAUCCAGCUAGAGCUGUCUUGCAUCCAGCUAGAGCUGUCUUGCAUCCAGCUAGAGCUGUCUUGCAUCCAGCUAGUGCUGUCUUGCAUCCAGCUAGUGCUGUCUUGCAUCCAGCUAGAGCUGUCUUGCACCCAGCUAGUGCUGUCUUGCAUCCAGCUAGAGCUGGCUUGCAUCCAGCUAGAGCUGUCUUGCAUCCAGCUAGAGCUGUCUUGCAUCCAGCUAGAGCUGUCUUGCAUCCAGCUAGAGCUGUCUUGCAUCCAGCUAGAGCUGUCUUGCAUCCAGCUAGUGCUGUCUUGCACCCAGCUAGUGCUGUCUUGCAUCCAGCUAGAGCUGGCUUGCAUCCAGCUAGAGCUGUCUUGCAUCCAGCUAGAGCUGUCUUGCAUCCAGCUAGAGCUGUCUUGCAUCCAGCUAGUGCUGUCUUGCAUCCAGCUAGUGCUGUCUUGCAUCCAGCUAGAGCUGUCUUGCAUCCAGCUAGUGCUGUCUUGCAUCCAGCUAGAGCUGUCUUGCAUCCAGCUAGUGCUGUCUUGCAUCCAGCUAGUGCUGUCUUGCAUCCAGCUAGAGCUGUCUUGCAUGCAUUGGCAACUGCUCUCAUCACCUUCUCAUUGCCUCCCGCUUUCUCUCAUUCUGCAAUUCCCUCUCAAUCCUUCCUUUCCCCCACUCCCCCAUCAUCCCUUCCCCCACUCUCCCAUCAUCCCUUCCCCCACUCCCUCAUCAUCCCUUCCCCUACUUCCCCCAUCAUCCCUUCCCCCACUCCCCCAUCAUCCCUUCCCCCACUCCCCCAUCAUCCCUUCCCCCACUCCCCCAUCAUCCCACUCCCCCAUCAUCCCACUCCCCCAUCAUCCCACUCCCCCAUCACCCUUCCCCCUUCUUUCCCCGCCCUUUGCCGUCCCGUGCAUCCCUGGCCAUCUCUCCCUCCAUCCCCUCUGCCCUGCAUACUCUCCUUUCCCUCACUUAUUCUACAUGCCCCUCCUACCUUGCAUGACCACGCACCCCUAUACACUCUGCACACCCACCUCUUUCCCCCCCCUGUCUCUUUCACCCAACCUCACACCCGUCAUCUCACACACGUCCCUCCACACAUUCCCCUUGGCCUCGCUCGGCCAGUUGCCGCCCGUCUCAGCGCGGAGCAUGGCAGCCGCCCUGCCAGUGGCCGACCCCGUCCUAUCCGCCUUCCACCGCCUCUUCUGCCGCCCCCUGCCGCGCUCCGCUGUUCAACCGCAUGCAACCUCAAGCCAUGAGGGCUUCUCAUCGGCUUGCCAGGCAGCGCUGCUCAUGGCGCACGCAGCGGAGCAGCCGGAGCUGCUGGAGGUACUCCUCUCUCUCGCCACCACCUGCCAGGCCGUGCGCUCGCUGCAUCACUCGCACACCACCUGUGGCUCCGCACUGCCCUGCCUCGUCUCCUCCUUCCAGGUGACCUCCUCCUGCCUCUCACCCGCAACUUCAUUUCCCUCCACACAGCCUUGCAAAGCCGAGGGUCAAGGGGCGAGUUGUGGCAUCGCUGGCACAUCAAGCACCGUAACAGUGGCGUAUGGCAACACGAUGGAAUUCCAUCGCAGGCACCUUGAGCCGUAG